ACCAAAUUUUUUUUCCUGUUAUAGAUGUAUGUUGUACAAUCAUCCUGCCACAGAGAAUGAACAGGGGUGUGUUUCCCAAGAGCGUCUUAACUAGGAGAGAGAGUGUUCAUUGUGCUGCAUGCUCUACCAUUUAACGAUUAUCUUUGUGCUGUGAUGCUUUUGGGAAAUUCAGGCCAGUUCAAAAAGAAAUCAACGGAAGUCUGAUGGUGCCAUGACAUAAACGUCUGACCACAAGGUUUUCUCUCUCUUUCUCUUUCUCUCUCUCUCUCUCUCGCCCCUUUUUUACAGCCUAUUCAAGGCAGGAAUCUUAUUCCUUUAGUCCACCUUGCAUUCUGUAUAAAACGUCUGAGUGCGGAACGGUGUGUUGUUCCGUCUCUGAGCCAGAACGAUUGGUAGUAACAGAACCAGAAUCGAUGUCUGUGUCAAAGGGACAGAUGGUAUGGCGGACAGGGGUUUUCCUCAAUGUAUAUUUUUGAUCUCACACACAUGUGGCAUUCACGAAUCUCUCUAUUCCUCUCUUCCUCAUCUUUCACUCUGAUCCUCUCCUGAAAAGCUGGCUCAGUUAAAGGACACACAGGUUAUAGCGCUUAUAUUGAGGUUAUUACUUUCCUUAAACCUGAAUUAUGUAACAAAAGUGAUUACAUGUUUUGUAUGAUGGUUUAGCAACUUUUCUUGUGUUUGAAGAGUGAUAUAAAUGUGCACGGCUAACGAAAGCACCUCAACACUUCGGUUAACCUGCCAUUGUAUGCUCAGGGAAUCUGGAUUUUCCAUUUGUAGAUGCAUCACCCUAGACGCUGUCAUACAUUUGGUUGUGGAACGCCAGCUCACAAUGUAAAAAUGCACACUGGCACGACUUUAUUUGGUUCAAUGUAAACAACCAAAGCCGAAAUAUUGAGGUGUCUUCUUUGUGCCAGUAUUGCAGGAUAUCUGUGUAAAAAGGGCUUGUAUGUGUGUGUGAGUGAAUGAGUGUGAGAUGGUGGCAUGAGGGACGUCCUCUUCGCUUCAUCUCGUGAGUGAAAGUAUAACUGGAAUGCACUUCAGCUGGGGAUUGAAAGCUAAUUAGUGAAGCUUGUUGUUCUCUAAAGAGACACUACCCGUCAUUAACCUCGUCACCCCGUUUUAUUCUUUUCCUGCUUUGUGUUUUUCAUGCUGAGGCUGUAAAUAAAGUGGGGCUGUGUGUCAUGUUGUGUUCAAGGAUGUUAUGUAUUACAGUUUCCUAAUGCAGUACUUAAACACAGGAAGAAGGCUGUAGUAGAGCUACUUCAGGAAAUGGACUGACUUCCUGUUCCAGCAUGAACAACUUCCUCUCUCCGGUUCAGCCUGGACUUGGGCCAGAUCCUCUUUUCACUUAGCAGUGGUGUGUGCUUGCUUGGCUCUGCAGUGCGUGGAUCUCAUGAAUCCGUGUGUGAACAAUGCGAGCUGUGUCACCUUCACCAACGGAACGGGAUACUGCAGGUGUCUUCUGGGUUACCUGGGCGAGUACUGCCACCAUAAGGACUUGUGCCAGCCGGAUUACUGUCUGAAUGGAGGGAGUUGUAGGAUGGCGAGCAGCAGCCCGCCUGGUAACCCUGUGUGUGCGUGUCAGCUCGGGUUCUCUGGCCGCCGCUGCGAAGAGCAGAUCGACUCGGCAUGUUACCCCAUGAACCCCUGCAGCAAUGGGGGCACCUGCUCCCUCCUGCCCCAUGACCAGUACACCUGCCAGUGUGCUACUGGAUGGACAGGUACGCGGUGUGAACUAGUGGACAGCUGCGUCUCCUCUCCAUGCUCCAACAGUGGAACCUGCACAUCUCUUCCUGAUGGAAAGUUUUCCUGCACGUGCCUUUCUGGAUACGACGGGUACCUCUGCCAGAACGACGUGGACGAGUGCGCGCAGGAUCCAUCGCUGUGCCGUAAUGGUGGCAUGUGCAUGAACGUCCCUGGCUCAUACCGUUGCAACUGCGCUGCUGGGUUUACGGGCUCCAAAUGUGAAAAGCUGUACAUCCCCUGUUCUCCAUCUCCCUGCAUGAACGGAGGAACCUGCAGACCGACGUCCGACACCAGCUACUGGUGCCACUGUCUUCCAGGUUUUAACGGCACCAACUGCGAGGUGAACAUCGAUGACUGUCCGGAUCAUCAGUGUCAGAACAGAGGAACCUGCAUGGACGGAGUGAACACCUACAACUGCCAGUGUCCGCCCGAGUGGACCGGCCAGUUUUGCACAGAUGACGUGGACGAGUGUCGCCUGCAGCCCAACACCUGUCAGAACGGUGGUACGUGCAGCAACACGCCUGGUGGCUACAACUGCGUGUGCGUGAACGGCUGGAGCGGCCUGGACUGCUCGGAGAACAUUGAUGACUGCGCUGCUGGACCGUGCUCAGCCGGCUCCACCUGCCUCGACCGGGUUGCGUCCUUCUUCUGCAGCUGCCCCUUCGGCAAAACUGGUUUGCUGUGUCACAUUGAUGAUGCGUGCAUUAGUAACCCGUGCAGGGCGGGCUCUCAGUGCGAUACCAAUCCUGUGAAUGGCAAAUUCAACUGCAACUGUCCGAAUGGAUACAAAGGCAACACCUGCAAUGACGAUGUCAACGAAUGCACCAUCGGGCCGAACCCAUGUGAGCAUGGCGGCACGUGCGAGAACACGGCAGGCUCAUUCACUUGUAAUUGUGCACGUGGGUACACGGGACCCCGGUGUGAGCAGGAUGUGAACGAGUGCGGCUCAAACCCCUGCAGGAACGAAGCCACCUGUCUGGACCAGAUUGGCGAUUAUACCUGCAUCUGCAUGCCAGGUUUUGAAGGAGUACACUGUGAGACUGAAGUGGAUGAGUGCCGUAGUUCACCCUGCCUCAACAACGGAAAGUGUCGGGAUCAGGUCAGCCGCUUCGUCUGCGAGUGUCCUCAGGGCUUCACAGGAGAGACGUGCCAGAUAGAAAUCGAUGAGUGUGCAAGUACACCAUGCCACAACGGGGCCAGGUGCAUCGACCAGCGCAACGGCUAUGAGUGCGAGUGUGCAGAAGGUUUCACAGGUCCCCUGUGUUCAGAGAACAUCGACGACUGUUACCCAAAGCGCUGUCACUAUGGAAAGUGUAAGGACGGCAUUGCUAUGUUCACGUGCGAGUGUGACCCGGGGUACAUGGGUCAGAUCUGCAGCGAGCAGAUUAACGAGUGUCAGAGCAACCCGUGCCAGAACGGAGGGCGCUGUGUCGACCGUGUCAACGAGUACCAGUGCCAGUGCCUGCCCGGAACCUCUGGUGUGAACUGUGAGAACAACUACGAUGACUGCAUCAGUAACCCGUGUGUGCACGGUGUGUGUAAUGACGGAAUUAGCACAUACAAGUGUGUGUGCAAUCCCGGAUACACAGGUGAGCGGUGCACUGUGGAAAUAGAUGAGUGCAGCUCGAACCCGUGUCUCAGCGGAGGGACGUGUGUGGAUAAAGUAAACGGGUUUCAGUGUCAGUGUCCGGCGGGGACUCACGGCCUGCUCUGCCACUCCGGAGCAGACCACUGCGCCCCUCAACCCUGCCGCAACGGAAAGUGCGAGGAGGUGCAGAACGGGUAUCGCUGUGUAUGUUUCCCUGGUUACGAGGGUCAGAACUGCGAUCAGGAGAAGAAUGAAUGUGAGUCGAACCCCUGUCAGUACGGAGGAACCUGCCUGGACGCUGUGAACAGCUACACUUGCAAGUGCCUGUUUGGCUACACUGGCAUGAAUUGCGAGAUAAACAUUAAUGAGUGUCAGUCAAACCCCUGUGGAAACAAGGGCACCUGCAUUGAUGGAAUUAACAGCUACACCUGUAUCUGCCCUCGGCCUUACACAGGAAGGAACUGUGAGGACGAGUUAGUGCCGUGUGCGACUCAACCAUGUCAGAGAGGAGGUGUGUGUCAGCCGUCGUUCGAUUACACCUCCUACACCUGCAAGUGUCCCACUGGUUGGCAAGGAACCCACUGUACAGAGGAUGUGGACGAAUGCAAGAAGAACCCGUGUCUGAACAGUGCUCACUGUCUGAACAAUCAGGGCAGCUACGUGUGCAGCUGCCAGCCCGGGUACACCGGUGUGAACUGCCAGACUAACAUCGACGACUGCAGCUCCAAUCCUUGUAUCAACGGAGGCUCGUGUGUAGACAAAGUGGGCCGGUUCUUGUGCGAGUGCAGGCCGGGUUUCUAUGGUGACCGAUGUGAGGAGGAAGUGAACGAGUGCGCGAGCUCCCCCUGCAGGCACGGAGGAACCUGUACAGACUUCGUCAACAGCUACACGUGCCAGUGUCAGCCCGGCUUCAGCGGCAUCAACUGCGAACGCAACAUUCCAGAAUGCACAGAGACCUCAUGUCUGAAUAACGGCACGUGUGUGGACGGCAUAAACCGGUUCUCCUGCCGGUGUCGUCCCGGGUUCACUGGCUUGUUCUGCCAGUAUGAGAUUAACGAGUGUGAAUCACAGCCGUGUAGAAAUGGAGGCACCUGCACAGAUGGUGUGGGAACGUUCCACUGCACCUGUCCUAUGGAGUACACUGGUCGAUUCUGCCAGUCGAUGGAGAAUCUGUGCAAAAACAUCCAGUGUAAGAAUGAUGGAAAGUGUGUGCAGCAGGAGACCACAUGGCACUGUCGGUGUCCUCAGGACUGGAGCGGCCUCUACUGUGACAUCCCCAACAUCUCGUGCCAAAACGCCGCUAUCGAGAAAGGUGUAGCAGUGGAGCAGCUGUGUCAAAACGGUGGACAGUGUGUAAACAAGGAUAAUACACACUACUGCUCAUGCCAGGUGGGUUGGACGGGCAGCUACUGUGAGACAGGGAUUGACGAGUGUCUGUCCAGUCCCUGCAGGAAUGGAGGGACAUGUGUGGACUACCAGGGAGGAUAUGACUGCCAGUGUAAGCCUGGAUAUCAGGGAGUGAACUGCGAGUAUGAUGUGAACGAGUGUCAGUCGAACCCAUGCCGUCAUGGAGGCACCUGCAUCAAUCUGGUGAACCACUUCUACUGCUCUUGCCCACCUGGAACCAAAGGUCAUCAGUGUGAGGUGGAUAUCGACGAGUGUUCCACGGAGUUUGGCCCGCCCUGUUUGAAUGGCGGUCACUGCAUCGACGGUGUUGGUCAAUACAAGUGUGUGUGUCCUCCCGGUUUUACCGGCAAGCGCUGUGAAGGUGACAUUAACGAGUGCCGCCCAUACCCGUGCCACAAACCCGGCAGCCUCGACUGCGUCCAGCUGGCUAACGACUAUCAGUGCCGCUGUCGCCUCGGUUACACCGGUCGUCUUUGUGAGUCGAUGGUAGAUCUUUGCCAAUCGAAACCCUGCCACAACAGGGGCAAGUGCUUCAUGAACGUGAGCUCAGUUCAUGGAUACAGCUGCUCCUGUCUACCUGGCUACACAGGCUCCAACUGCGGUGAGAUCGAGGGCAAAACCUGCGCCAACCUGCGCUGUCAAAACGGUGGACAUUGCCAGAUGUCCCCCUCCAGCCGUCCUCUGUGCGUCUGUCCGUCGGGUUUCUCGGGCCCGCGGUGUGAAUACGAAAACGCGUUGUGCCUGUGCCAAAAUGGAGGCGUGUGCUUGAAAGAUCUGCACAAACCUCACUCGUUCUCUUGCCAGUGCAUGGUCGGGUACAGCGGAGAGCACUGCCAGAACAGAGUCGGGUCCACAUCCUGCCCUUAUGUGGAGUGUCAGGAGCGCCGUGGUGACAGGGUGUGUGACCCACAGUGUAAGAACAUAGAGUGCGACUGGGACGGAGGAGACUGCACGCUACACCGGCUCAACCCGUGGGAAAACUGUACGGCCUCUGUGCCAUGCUGGGAGUACUUUCAUAACGGCCACUGUGACUCCGAGUGUGACAAUGCUGGCUGCCUGUUCGACAGCUUCGAGUGCCAGAACAGCUCGCCGUCCACGCCCAGCGUAUGCAAGUAUGACCGGUACUGCCACGACCACUACCAGAACGGCCACUGUAAUGAGGGCUGUAACACCGAGGCGUGUGGCUGGGACGGUUUGGACUGCUCCACCAACAAGCCGCCUCAGCUGGCGGAAGGUACGCUGGUCAUCGUGGUGCUGCUGCAGCCCACAGAGCUGCUCGGAGAUAUGAAGAGCUUCCUGCGCUCGCUCGGCAUGCUACUUCACACCAACCUGCGCCUCAAGCUCAAUGAUCAGCAGGAGCCCAUGGUCUAUCCAUAUUACGGCAACGAGCAAGACGACAUGCAGGCCAGCGCCUCUGCCACGAAACGACUCCGCAAGAGGGAGCUGGGGAAGGAGGUUAUUGGGUCAAAGGUGUAUCUGGAGAUUGAUAACCGUCAGUGCGCUGAGAGUUCCAACGAAUGUUUCUCCAACACCGACCUGGCCGCUUCGUACAUCGCAGCCGAGUCCCUCAAAACCGAGCUGCAUUAUCCUGUCUUCUCUGUGGACAGUAUUCCACCCCCCGAAGAGCCUGUCCAUCCUCUCCUCUACCUCGUCGCCGUGGCAGCCGCCAUCAUCCUGCUUAUUGUGAUUUUGGGCGUUUUGGUCGCCAAACGUAAACGCAAGCACGGCAUCCUCUGGCUCCCGGAUGGCUUCCUGGCCAAGAAGGACAGCAAACGGCGAGAGCCUGUUGGCCAAGACGACUUCGGCAUGAAGAACCUGCAGAAGUCGCAGAUGGACGGCAGUGCUGGUCAUCACUGGCCAGAGGAGGAGCUUCAGUCCAAGAAGCAAAGAUUGGAAGAUAAGCCGUUGUUGGGAGUGGAUACAAGAGUGGAUCGUCGUGAGUGGACCUUACAGCACCAUAAAGCUGCCGAUAUCACCCUCACCCCACCUCAAGCCGAUAUCGACAUGGACUGUCUGGAUGUCAACGUGAAAGGACCCGAUGGUUUCACUCCUCUAAUGCUGGCGUCUCUGCGGGGUGGCAGCAGUCCUGAGUGUGUUAGCGUGCUAGCCGAUGAAGAGGAGGAGAGCGGAGUCGAUGAGCCUGGCACAAACAUCAUCAGCGACCUGAUCUCUCAGGGUGCGACGCUCAACGCACAGACGGAGCGCACAGGCGAGACGGCGCUUCACCUGGCCGCCCGUUACGCCCGCGCCGACGCCGCCAAGAGGCUGCUGGAUGCCGGCGCCGACCCCAAUGCUCAUGACAACAUGGGCCGCACGCCGCUGCAUGCAGCCAUCGCUGCCGACGCACAGGGAGUCUUCCAGAUCCUGAUACGGAAUCGUGCUACAGAGCUGGAUGCAAGAAUGAACGAUGGAACGACUCCUUUAAUCCUGGCAGCUAGAUUGGCUGUGGAGGGCAUGGUGGAGGAGCUGGUGCACUGCCACGCUGAUGUAAACGCUGUGGAUGACCAUGGUAAAUCUGCUCUGCACUGGGCUGCUGCCGUGAACAAUGUGGAGGCCACGCUGGUGCUGCUGAAGAACGGCGCCAAUCGAGACAUGCAGGACAACAAGGAGGAAACGCCGUUGUUCCUGGCAGCGCGUGAGGGUAGCUUCGAGGCGGCUCAGGUCCUGUUGGAUCACUACUCCAACCGUGACAUCACCGAUCACCUGGACAGGUUGCCACGUGAUACGGCUCAGGAACGCAUGCAUCACGACAUCGUUCGCCUGCUCGACCAGUACAAUCUGGUACACAGUCCACAUUCUGGAUCAAACCAUGUCGGAAAUGGUGGGGGUGGACACCCCUCCAUGGUCUGCACCAGUAACGGGGUAAUCGGCAUGCGUCCGGGACAGCAAAACAAGAAGAACCGGCGCGGCGGCGGUGCCACCAAACUUGGCGGCCCUAAUGGCGCUGGGGGCGGAGUUAAAGAUCUGAAGGAGAUGAAGGCAAAGCGGAGGAAGAAACCAGCCGGAGGAGAAGCGACAGGAUUGGCUGCAUCCAGUGGUAACAUAGCAACCGUGACUGCUAACACUAACGGCACCAAGGCAGCAACAACAGCCAGCACAGGCGUUCUUUCAGAAAGCUCAGUCACAAUGUCGCCGGUGGAUUCGCUAGAAUCGCCGCAUUCGUAUACGACGGAUGCUGCAGGAGCUGCCAACAUGGCCAAAUCACCUCCGCUGAUGACCAGCCCCUCAACCCAUGCUCUCCUGCCCCCCGUCAGCCACAUGCUAGGGCAACAGCAGGGCUGGGUGGGUGUGACUAAGCAUGGCUAUGCAGCCCCCCACGUUUUUGGCCACAUGCUUCCCCAUCAGAUGGCACCGGCACACUCAGGCCUACAACAGCACCAUCAUGGCUCGGGGAUCCUUGGGCCCGUGAAUGUCUCCGUGAGCCGAGAGCAGCUUCCAUCGAUCGUCACCUUCCAGAUGAUGGCCCCCAGAAACCAGGCGCUGCUCAAACCCAACCAGCAGGGGGCCAUGCAGGUGAGUCAAACCCAGACCCAGGGUCUUAACCACAUGCACUGCAGUCAGGAGAUGAUGUACCCCAUACAGGAGGCAGGGCUACAGCAUGGCAUCCCACACCUGCAUGGCCACGCCCAUAACAUCGCAGAGCCUCAGGUGAGGCAGGUGACGCCAUACCAUCAGCAACUGCAGAGUCCUGUGGAUAAAUACCCAACUCCUCCCUCACACCGCAGCUAUGCCAGCGGUGCUGGAUCAGAGGUGGUGACGACUCCUGGUCAGGGCUCUGAGGUCACGACCCCAGGUCAUGGAGCUCCGCCUUCUAGCGAGCACCCGUACCUGACGCCAUCACCUGAGUCACCUGAUCCCUGGUCCUCUUCGUCUUCACCUCACUCGCAUUCAGACUGGUCUGACGUAACCACAAGCCCACAUGGUGCGCUGCACUCGCACGCGCACCCUCACACACAUGCGCACACUCGUGUUCCGGAGCAGGCUCCUCUGCCGCAGCCCUCACAGCCAGCACAGCCACCGCCGCAGCAGCAAGCCUGCAGCAGUGUGUAUGCGUAAUAACACCGAGGAACUGCUUGUCGCUGUGUCUUAACCUCAUUGUCUUGUUUAUAUGCAAUUUUUAACUCCCUAAAAUGGAGCAGCAUAAAUCUACCGCCUGGAUCUUUGAGAGACACAAUCUCUCUCUCUCUGUCCCUUUCACACACACACACACGCAGUGCUCUGUUUUUUUUAUACACUAUGCAGAUCAUCGCCUGUGGGUGUUUAUAUGCAAUCAGUAACUUUCUUUUAUUCAGUGAUCCGGAGAAUGAAGCAUUCUCGUGAUGCUCAAGCCGACUCGGGACUGAAAGAAUCUUUAAAAACCCUGUUUACACUUACUACAUCACGUCAUGGGUCUUGGAGCUGGACUGGAUUAUGGACAGAUUAUAAGCACGUGUAGUCAAAUGCAUUUCCGGGUUCACCAUUCUAACACUGUGGUUUUCUUCACUUCCGGCUGCCUUAUUAUAGUGAAAAAAAACCCACACAUCAUCAUUUUCAUGUGCAUGUCUGAGCUUUUGCACGGGGCUCAAAUAGAAAUAUUUCACAUGCAUUUCUACAUAGACAAUCCGUAUACAUGGCUAUACGUUUAUAUCUAAAAAUCCCAAUCCUUUAGACGCGUAUGAGAUGAGGGUGCAAACGGAGGACUAUUGAUGAAUUACAUCAGCAACUCGGACGUAUAUCGGUGUCCUUGGACAAUCGUAAAAAGCAAAGACAGUGAGCUGGACUUAAGUGUUUUCAAUGUGGUGGUGACCGUUUUGCUUCGGCUUUUUUUUUUAAACCUUGAAGGAAAUCAAAUCUCAAAUAAUAAAGUGCAACCACUCUGUUUUUUUCUUUUCUUUUUAAAUAUUGCUCUUUCCAAAGCUUAUGUAUCUCCAAGAAUGGACUUACUAACCAUUGUAAAUUUUUUUUUAAUGUAAUGGGUCAUGGUUACAUUUGAGCUAAUACUGCCUUGUUAUAUUGUGUUGUUUUUUUUUUGUUCUACACCACUGUGCACAUCGACAGUCUGUCCACCAGUGAUGAAACACCUUAGUUUCAGUGACAGCAAUAAUUCUUAGCGCCUCUGUUGUUGCUAGCAUCUUCGUUUUAUUUUGUAGAUUUUGCAGCAGCCUGUUGGCUCGAUUCUAGCCGUCUUGAUGUCACAUGGGCUCUGAUUUAACCACGCUGUGGUUCCGAAUGGAGAUGUUGCUUUAUUGCAAUAUUUUGCAUGACAUUGACUGCCUUGAGAAUGUGAUUCACUGUAUGAACAUGACUGCCUUGUGUUUGAAAUGAGUGUCCGAUGAUAAUGAGUUUCAACACACAUUUUCAAAAAUUCAUCACUAAUUGUUCAGGAGAAAUUACCAAAUUUAAACGCGCAUGUGUAUUCAGAGAACAAACUCCCAUGAUUGCUUUCUUUUGCGCUAGUAAGCGACAAAUCCACAUGGUAAACUCCAGAAAAUUCCAGGCCAAUCCCAGAUCAGCAUUCAGUUCCCAUUUAACAGAAAUUGUUGCAUAAAAGUGGAACAAAAAAUUAUCUACAGUUCAGGAAUUAUGCAUUUAACCCCUUAAACUCUUCAGGUAUUGAUCAGAUUUUCUUUUUUUAUUUUGCUAAACUUACACGUGUCAAAAGGGCUAAACGAAACAUACGCUAUUCGUUAUACAUAGUUAAUUUUUUUUUCAGAAGACAUAGUGCUAUCUAGUGCACUAAUUUUAAUCCCAUAAUGCACCACAGUGAGUGCUGUAGAUGCCAUGAGAUAUCCAAAUGCACCAAGUUUUUUGGUUUGAUUUACACCAUGGGGUUGCUAUGGCAAUGUCCUCUUAGACUCCUCCUAAGACCUUUUAUGAAUGAAAAGAGUGAAUUUUUUUUUUUUUUUUGAGAAGUCAUGUUACACAUUUUCCAAUCUCGGGAAUUCUGAAUAGUAAAAUAAUUAAACACUCCAGAGUCACUCUUACCAUUCCAAAGAGGAUUAUUUUUCUGUAACAGCAUGUGCUGAAAUGUUUUAUUCCUCUUAUACCUUUAAAAAUAUUUUUUUAUCAACUUGUAGUUCAAUUUAAUGUUACUGAACCUCCUGAAAAAAGUUAUAGCAGCUAUAAACAGUCUUCCCCUCGUUUGUCUGGUUUUUUUUUUCCUUGGCUCUCAUGGUACCGAGGAACCGCAAAGCACAAAAAGUUCUGUUCUUCAGAACUUUCCUGUUUUUGGGGAAAACUGUGAAAACACACCAACUCUGAUGACUCCUUCCGUAAAUGUUAAAUAAACGUCUCCUUACAGAAAACAUCUCCACAUAGAAAAUUACACACUAAAAAAAAAAACUAGAUGUGGAUCAUCCAUCGUACAAGUCCCUGGGAAUGAGCUGUUACCAUAGAAACAAUAUUACAUAUUAAUAUAACAAGCACCUUAAUCUUAAACCUGUGAUUUGUGUCUGUUAAAGAAAAUUAAUCAACGCCUUCUUCUGACCAAUCAGAAUUCAGCAACACUGUGGUACAAGUAGACUAAUCAACUUUUAUAUUGAUUAUUGAAUAUAUUUUUUAAGCUAGACAGGUGACACUCACAAGCCAAACCUGGAGUGACUUCAGAGAUUUGUUUCUUGCUAGUGAUGAUCGUAUUGUGUAUUGCUUGGGUAUCGUCUUGUGCCAGGUUUAAAUCAUCGUAAGAUCCUCUCGCAAAUCUGACCGAGAGGACGGUUUUAGUGUGAAAUCAGUGUUGCACUUUUUCUAAAAUCAGCAUCUGUCAUUAUUUUUAUUUGUCUGCAAUGCUCAAGUCAAAUCUUGAAUAUAGGUAGAGUUAAAAUCUAAAAUUAGUCAUCAAAUUAAACCAUCAGUGAUGAUCAUUAAUGCAGUGCAGUAUUUCAUUCGUAAAGGAGCAAAUUCUGACGGCCAUCUUUGAUUUGGUUAAAAAAAAUAAUUAGGCAUAGUUUUUCCAUGUGCCUUUUUUCCUCCAGGAUAUUGUACAGAAUAUUGUAACCAUUUCUCAUAUAUAUAUAUUUUUAUUCUAUCAGUUUGUUUGUUUUAUACUAAUAGUUUUUUUUUUAGUUUUGAAGUUGUAACUUUUCAUGUUUUAAAUAAUGUAUUGUUGCGUUUUUUAAUUUCUUUCUAUCUAUAUCUAUCUAUCUAUAUAUAUAUAUCUAUCCUGCUCGAUUAUGAAAACCCUGCGUUAAAUUUUUUAGUAUUUUUUAAAAUCUUAAUGUUUCUUGUUUAAGCAGAGCUUUAUAAACCUGAUUGAUGCAAUCAUAAGUAUAUAGUUUUUACACAUCGUCGCCAUUUAGUGUCCUGAACACCAAAUGACUGAUUUUUUUUUUAAUAACCAAAAGUAUUUUUUUAACCAAAUCUCUCUUCUUGGUGAUUUACAUUACAUUUUAUCUCCAGUUUUUAACAGGUUAUUAUAUCAUCAUGGUAUUACACACUUACAGUAGCAUACACGCAUGCACACACUCAACACUUGCAUGUUCUGGUGUUACACACACUCACACACUCUGAACACUUGCAUGUUCUGGUGUUAGUGGUGCAGAAUGUCAUAUCACAUUCAUCCUAUUUAUGGCACUUAAACCAUUGCUUGAUUUCUUUUUUCUUUCCCCUCUCUCUCUCUCUCUCUCUCUCUCUGAACUCAGACAGCAGCAUGUGUCCCUGUGGGUAAACACUUUUUUCUUAAUAAGUGCUGUACAUAGAUUUUUAAUGCGUAAUGUACUUUUCCUCUGUUCAUCAAAUACAGACCUAUUCUGCUCUUGUGCUAUGAAGUUUGCAGCCUUUCAUCCUGUUCGUAGAAGGACAUUUUUUGUGAUUACAGAACAAAAUUUGUGUAGCGCAAACCAAGCAAACAUGCAGAUGAUGCCAAUAAAGAUGAAAUACACCAUAAACUUUA